ACUCGACGUUAUCCAAGCUUUGAUUUAAGGUACAUACUGGAAACUAGACAGGUUUCAAAAACAGAACGGAAUGGCCCUGGAAACAGCCCAGCCCAGCCAUGAACGCCGGUAUCAGCCUAAACUGGAUCCUUUUAAGCACUAGUAACCAGGGGCACAGGUCAACAGACACAUACAGGUAUAUUUCCACCCCCCUGCCUCCACAGGGGCUGAUCUCCUAUGUAAUUAUGUCUGAUGACCACAGGGUACGGAGAGUGUGCAUGGGAAAUCUUUCAUCGCCAUACAAAAUUCAUAUGCAAGGCGCUAGAGGACAUGUCGGUUAUUAUGCAAGGCUCGGGCAUUUUUAUCACAAAGGUAAACCCGUCCUCACCGCUAGAUCGCGAAAAUCAUAACGCGUUUUUCUAGCCACUUUGAUUUACCCCUGGGGGUCUACAGCUUGGUAAAAAUGGCUAGUUCGG